GGAGAGCGAACGAGCCAGCGGGAGAGCGAACGAGCGAGUGAGAGAGCACCCGGCCAGGAGCUGUCCCCGUCCCUGUCCCCACCCCCCAGAGCUAUCAAAGCUGCUGGCCCUCUGCUGCCUACGCGCAGCUGGCCCUUCAGAAGAGAGGAAGGAGAGGCAGGAACGUGAGCAGCGAGUCUAUGCUCCCUUAUUACACAGCAGCCAGUGGGUGCGCUGUGGGCAUGUUCAACACAUCCAUGCGGGAGCUGCAGAAGCACUUGUACAAAGGGGAAUACUAUGCCUUCAAGUACGCCCCCAUGUUCGAGAGCAACUUCAUCCAGAUCAGCAAGAGAGGGGAAAUGAUUGGCAUACAUAACCAGGCAUGCAUGGUGACCGUGGGCAUUGCAUCCACCAGCCCGAUUAUGCCUUUGCCCAAUGUCAUGCUGUUAGCCCGGCGCGUGGCAUAUGUUGAGGAUCAGCCCCGUCCAGAGGCCAGCUCCAGGAGCAAGAUGCAGCACCCCCACUCUUCAAAGACCCUGGAGUUCACCAGGCUACUCCCCCUGGAGUUUGUGAAGAUUUCUGUCCACGACUGUAAGAAGCAGCAGCUUCGGCUGAAACUGGCCAGCGGGAGAUCGUUCUACUUGCAGCUCUGCCCACCCUCCAAUGCCAUGGAAGACAUCUUCUCCUACUGGGAGAAGCUCAUCUACCUCCUUCGGCCACCUGCCGAGGGCUACGGCAGCACCCAUGCCAUCCCUGUUGGGGAUGGGGUCGAGGUGCCUGUUUUCAUAGCCAAAGAGAAAUUUCCUAUGAGUCGAGCCACAGAAGGACCCAAUUUGGGCCUGCAUGCCUCUGAGGGCCUCAUCACUCUGCUAUAUUCUCUAAUCACCUAUGCUAGAAAAUGGGGGACAAGAUGGCAGUAAAGCCGGAAAUAAUCAUGGCGGCUGCAGCCGGGGAGGGCUUCCCUAGCCCA